GUUCCAAUAAAGAUCUGCGAUUGGUGUCAGUAUGAAUCGAACCGGAGCCAAGCACGGUGUUAACGGUAGAUCGUCUAAGAGAUUCUAUUGGUCAGAGUAUUCUUCAGGUCAACAGAUCAAACAACAAGAGAUUAGUACAAGUAGUAGUAUUCCUCCAACGGCCGACAAGAGUAAAACCGGUGUACCUUCUCCUAGAUUGGCCACUCGCAGGUACAAGCUUCUCAAGGAUGUCAUGUGUUAGUAUAUAUUGUUUUCCAAGUAACCAAAAGUUGAGAAAGUUAUAAAGAGUAAUUAGGAUCUGAGAUAAUAAGACUGAUACAUGUAUGGAAGAUAUAAAUAGGGAUGUCUUUGAUGUUGCUAUGGGUGUGAGAAUGUAUCAUAUCUGCGAGUUAUGUAUGUCAUGAAUAUGAUGAUGCUAGUGAGUGUUAGAAAUAUUUUUUUAGAAUUUUUGAGUUGGAUGAUUGGUUAAUUAGCGAUGAAUGCGUCUGUUUUUUAUUCUCUCUCUAUCGGCAUUGGAUGACACCAUUCUGUCGCUAUGUAAAAACAGUCCACAUAGUUAAC